AUGAUCAAUUGGAAUGAAUUACCGAGUGAGAUCAUCAGUGCUGUCUCCGAUUAUUUGAGUUUUUCUGAACGUCGUACACUAUCGAUGGUGAGCCGUCGUUGUCGACAGAUUGUGAACGCGAGACGUGAGAAAUUCUCUGGUGUGAUCGUUCGCGGAAUGCCGUCCAUAAAUUACUUUUUCAUUGAUAUCGCCUUUGAUGAUGGAUCACGGUUACGAAAGGAAUUCAGUUCAAGUUACAGUGGAACGACUGACGUCAAGACUGUCCUGACUGACUAG